ACAUCGCAUCGCGUCUUUCCGUUCCGAGAGCUUCCGUCCAUCCAUCCAUGGCGUCGCGGAAGAAAGAGGCCGAGGGGAUUGCCUUGCUGUCUGUGUACAGCGAUGAAGACGACGAGGAAAUGGAAGAACCUGGCGAACAGGGAGGUGGAGAAGAAGCGGAGAUGCUGCGGCAGCAACAACAAGAACAGCAACUAGGAGGGAGCGACUAUAGGGAAUCGAAUUAUAUGGAAGAAGAUUCUGCCCAAGACGGGAUGGUUACUGGCGAUUACGAAAAUGGAGCUAUCCCGCCGGCGGGUGAACAGAAUGCAUAUUCGAAGGAGGUGGUGCAGCAGCUGCAGCAGGUUCAGGUUUCGUUCUCUUCGUCUACCCGGCAAGUGCAGGACGGUCGAGCGGUUAGUUCGAAGAGAAGUGGGAGAGGGAGCCUUACGAUUGUAGAUUAUGGGCAUGAUGAAAUAGCAAUGUCUCCUGAACCCGAAGAAGGUGAAAUGGAUGCAGGCCAAGAAGAGAUGGUUCUAGGAACUAGUCAGCCAUUUGGCUCUGAGACUUCACUGCCAGCUGAUCACUCGGAAACACCCCAGUCAGAUGAUAUGAACAAUGGCUCUGCUGAACUGGAAGCUGGUAAGGUGGAGGACUCUAGUGAACUUCCUGAGGGGAAGGCGGAUCCAUUGGAUAAAUUUCUACCUCCGCCACCUAAAGAGAAGUGUCCACCAGAGUUGCAAAAUCGAAUAACAAAGUUCAUCGCUUUGAAGAAAAUUGGUAGAAGUUUCAAUGCAGAGGUUCGUAAUAGAAAGGAUUAUAGGAACCCUGACUUCUUGCUGGACGCUGUUAGAUAUCAGGAUAUUGACCAGAUAGGAACUUGCUUCAGUAAAGAUGUAUUUGACCCUCAUGGAUAUGACAAAAGCGACUUCUAUGAUGAAAUAGAGGCCGAUUUGAGGCGAGAUAAAGAAAGGAGGGAGCAGGAAUUGAAGAAGAGCCCAAAGGUUGAAUUUGUACCAGGAGGAACUCAACCAGGAAUUGUGAUGCCUCCUUCAAAAUUCAGCAUGCCCAUUCCAGGUAUGAUCGCGUCUAAAUUACUAAAAGUUUACUAUGCACCAGAACCAGUUUCGAGAGAUGGUAGGGCGAACAAGAAGUCCAAAUGGGAUAAGGUUGAUGGCGAUGGAAGGAAUCCUCUCCCAGCUGGCGGGCAAGAGUCUUCAGCCACAGCAGCAGCUGCUGCUCAUGCCGCGCUUCUCUCUGCUGCUAAUGCUGGUUCUGGAUAUCCAGCUUUCGCUCAGCAGAAGCGGCGGGAGGCAGAAGAGAGAAGAUCCGGCGAACGGAAAACCGACAGAAGGUCCUGAGUAUUUACCAGAUUAAACAACCACGGAUGAGAGACAGAGGAUCUCUCAGAUUUUGGAAUUAGGUUUGGAUGUCAUUUCUCUGCCACUCUACCUGCUAAGAUUAGAGACGUUGGAGAUUCCUACUUUUGCAAUGCGUCCGAAUUCUGAUUAUGUUUGUUCCCCACGUUGGGUCUAGUCACCACUCAGCCGGUUAAAUUGUUUAUAUAUUUACAGUUGGUUAAUUAUAUGUACUCUUUCUAUAUAUUUAUACAUUUUAGGUACUCGUCCAAUUAACUCACUGAAAGUAUCAUUCUCUUAUUAAGUUGGAC